AUGAACGAUCCUGGCCUCCAUGAGCCAGCCAAUGAGGCUGCGCAAGACGCCGAGGACAAAGUGCAAAAUGACGAUAAAAAGGAGGAUAAGCAGGCCGAGGACGAAGAAGACGAGUACCUUGAUCCAAGUCGGUGGUGGUUUGCGUCGACAGCGAGUCCCUUACUAGCUGGAACAUUCGGGCCCAUGGCCAACGCGUUUAGUAUAUGCGCGCUCGUAGAGAAAUGGAGAGUCUACAUACCUCCUGGUAGCGACGAAGCCCACGGUAUCAAGAUCGAGGAUCCGAAAUGGCUUAUUGCGGUCAACUCGAUUUCCCUUGUCUUGGCACUAGUCGCAAACAUAGCCUUACUUCUGAAUAUGUCACGACGGCUAUCAUUCGCUAUCGCACAGCCCAUCACCAUAAUCGGGUUCUAUUUGGCUUCGUUCCUCCUCAUUGCCUUGGUCGCGGUAGCCUCGACAUCGGUAUUUCGUAUACAGCCCCUACAAGAGCAUGCUUUAGGCCAAGCGUACUACUACGGCAUCAUGGCAGCUGGAGUCUACUUCAUCAUCUCGUCGCUCAUGGUCUUCACGGCGCUUGGAGCCUAUCAAGGGCACUAUCCUAAAGAAUUCCGAUUGACGCCUAGCCAGAGAACUCUGAUGCUGCAAACCAUUGGUUUCAUGGUCUACCUACUGCUAGGCGCGCUGGUCUUCUCGACGGUGGAAAAUUGGAACUUCUUAGAUGGAGUUUUCUGGGCUGACUUCACUCUGCUUACGGUUGGACUCGGCGGAGAAUUUGUUCCAAAAAGCCACACAGGACGCGGGUUACUAUUUCCGUACGCAAUUGGUGGCCUAGUCAUGAUUGGUCUCGUAAUCGGCUCCAUCCGGUCUCUGAUCCUUGAGCACGGUAAACAGAAGAUGGCUGCUCGCUUCGUAGAAAACAAGAGAGAAAAGGUGCUAUCGUCCAUCGAUGAUGAGUCAAGGACAAUCAGACUCGGACCUUUCGAAACGAUCAAGUUUUCCCAAAAAGGCCUUUCAGAGUCUCAAAGAAGAGAGCAGGAAUUCCGUGUGAUGCGGCGGGUGCAGGAAUUAUCUCAGAGAAAGAGAAGAUGGAUAGCGCUCGCUAUAUCCACUGCAGCAGCACUUCUGUUGUGGUUCCUUGGAGCUUUGGUCUUCAUGUUCUCGGAAAAGCCGCAGGGAUUCAGCUACUUUGUUUCGCUAUACUUCGCCUACACCACACUACUCACGAUUGGCUAUGGCGAUUUUACCGUCAAUAGCAAUGCUGGCAAAGCAUUCUUCGUGUUCUGGUCUAUGCUGGCUGUACCAACCCUCACAAUCCUAAUCAGCAACAUGGGAGAUACAGUAAUUAAGGAGUUCAAGGACUUUACGAUCUGGAUUGGCUCACUCACGGUCCUCCCUGACGAGGCAGGGCUCGGGACAUCACUCAAAGUCGGGAUAAAGAGGAUGACACACGGAAAAAUGCAUGAGGAAGAAGAGGACUAUCGUAAGGCUACUUCGGGUGCAUCUGAACAGCGCAAUCUAGAUCGUCUUGCAGGACAUAUUGAAGAGGCAGAGCUCGGCGAAGCGGAAGAGGCAGGCGAACACGGGGACUACCUCGAACGCGAUAUACACUUUUAUCAUUUCGUUUUGGCAAAGGAGAUCCGAAAACUGAUGAAAGACGUAGAUGCAUCACCAGCACGACAGUACAAGUAUCAGGAGUGGCAGUUCUACCUCCGCUUGAUCGGCCAAGACGAGAACGAUGCCUCGGGCCAUCGGAAACCUGCGACUAAGCAACAGAAAAACGGGAGCGACUCCCCAGAUAUCGGCACGGCAGACGACGGUGAUACAGUAGCAUGGAGUUGGCUUGGCAUUCGCAGUCCACUAAUGGGAAAUCAAUCCGAGGCUCAAUGGCUACUUGAGCGUCUCGGCGCAACUUUGGAGGCAGAGAUGCGCAAGAUGAGCUCGCCGGACGCGAAGAAGAGGAAAGAGCCACCGCCUAUCUCUAUGGCAGAGUUAAAGAGAAAAGGGAAAAACCAGUCGUCGAAGGAGGGCAACAUGUUACAGAAGGAAGUUGGAUCUUCCGAGGCUAGGCGCCGAGGACACAAUGCUGUUUGA